CCCCGGGCGUGCAGUGUACAUGGUGUGGGCGGCGGCGAGUCAGCGGCGAAUCCCCAAGGACUCAACUCCGCCUCAGUGCACUGCCGGACUCGCUGGCUGUAGGACCGAAACCCUCGACCGAGCGAGCCGUUCACGCCUCGACCCCUUUUCACCUUCGUCCUUGGGUCCGCACGUGUCCCCGAGUCGUCGGAUUUCGGCCCAACCGACGGACCCCGAACCAUGCCGUUCCUCGGGACGAAUUAGUCGGGAAUCUCGUGUCGCGGUGAUGACAGGUGUGCGAAGAGAGAGGAGGGAGAAUGGCCGAGAGAGGAGCACGUGUGAGUGAGAGAAUCGCGGGGAUCUCGCCGCCGCUCUCAGUCACCGCCACUUUUACCAGGCGCAGGAAUGAGGUCACCGCCACCCGCGCCCGACAGCUGAGUCCUUGAAUGCAGCCCGACCGGCGGCGACAGGCGAGCGAAGGCGCGUGGGCGUCCGAGGGCCGCGCGGGCGUGAGACAUGGCGUGGCGGUCACCUGCGAGCCUGUCCCGGUGGGCGGCGAGGGCGGUGGUCGCGGGCGUGGUCAGGGAGACGGAGCACCGGCUGCGCGGCUGCCUCGCCCUCGUGCCGGCGGAGCUGCUGAUCGCGAGGGCGACCGCUGGGCUCCUCCUCAGGAACAGGGACUCGGGCGACAGCGACGAGGAGGACGACAGCCUGACGGAGACGGAGACGGAGGAGGAGGAGGAGGAGGAGGGCGUGGGCGUGGGCGGGAGGACGGCGAAGGGCGACGUGAUGGACCACGCGCUGCGCCUCGCCAAGGAGCACGUGCGGCGCGUGGAGCGUUGUGGGCGCAAGCUCCCCGGGCAUCGCGCGUCGCCAGGCCACACCUCCGGGAGGCGCUCGACGCGAUGACGGAGGUGAACCCGAAGUACGACCAGGACUUUCCGACGCAUCUGACGCGCCUCCUGCUGAAGCUGGUGCUGCUGGACGCCGUGUUCGUCGACCGGGACUACGGGGACAAGGACCGGCGGUGCGUGGUGCCCUUCGCGUGGGAGCGGUGGUUUGCCCGCCUCGUGGCAAGGCUCGGCCCUUUCACUCACCUCCAGGAGCUCCAGGUCUAUGGGGGGAUGUACCCGAGUAUCCUGGCGGCGAUCCUGAAGGGCGCGCCGUUCCUCACCUCGCUCCUCAUCUCGCACAUCAACAUCACCGACGAGAUCCUGCUGGUGGCCGGCCGCUUCUGCCCGCGCCUCGAGAAGCUCUACCUCCUGCACAACUACCCGUGGCAGGUCAUCUCCCUGAAGGCUUUCUGCGCCGCCUUUUUCGACGGCGCCUCCAAAAGGGACUUGGUGAGAGUGAUGAGAGCGGGCUGCGAGGGGAACAUAAGGAGGACCUUUGAUUCGCUCACAGAGGUCGACCUCGCCUACGGUGAGAUAGAAGUGGCGAAGGAGUUCCAUAAAUUUCUGUUGUCUUUCUAUCCCAACCUGACGAGCAUCAGCUGCGAGUGGAGGACGAAUAUGUUCGAGGACGGCUACUCCAGCCACGCCUACGACGUUCUGUUCCCCAUCAUCUCGAAGGGGCAACAGGUGUCUCUGAAGCGCGUGUAUCUAGACGGGGUGACGCUCUACAGCACGGGGCGGACGCGCCUGCAGCAGAUGGCGUGGAGCUGCCCGGCCGUCACGUCGCUGGCGCUCGACUGCAGCACGAGAGGGAGCCCCAGGGUCUACGAGACGGCAGGCAGGCAGCUGACGGAGCUGCUGUCGGAGUGGACGCACUUCUCGGAGCUGCAUGCGAACGUCAGUUACGAGGACCACGUCACGCACACCAUGCUGGCCCCUGCCUUGCGGGUCCACGGGGGAAGGCUCACCUCCCUCACCCUCGAGGCCUCCAGCCCCGGCCAGCGGCUCCACGUGGCCACCGUGUGCCUUCUCGUGCAGCUCUGCCCCGUGCUGGCGUCGCUCAGGCUCCGGGUGUGGAGCCGGAGCAUGCUGGAGGCGCCGGCCACACAGCCCUCGCCGCCGCUGUCCCUGCACUGCGCCCACCUGGAGGAAUUCUGUCUGCACGAAGAUGGCCCCGGCGACCAGGAUGACCCAGUGGCCGAGGAGGGACACCUGGCCCGCUGGACGGGGCUCAUGGAGACGAUAAUGACGGCAUCCCCUCUGCUGGCCACCCUCAGCAUCAGCAUCUGCCGCGGCGUGGCUCCGCUCAUGGACAAGUUACAGAGUGAUAUUCAUGUCCUUCACCUCCACGUGACAGAUGGCUACGAGUGGGAGCCAUCGGUGGAGCAGAUCUGCCAGCUGGUGAGCCGCCUGCCGCGCUUGCAACACCUGUUCCUGGAAGAGGUGUCCGGCCGUGUGUUCUGGCGAGUGCGACGUCGGUACCAGUACACGGGACUUCGCGUGUACUGGGGCAACCUGCACGGCUGGCCGAGGACCUGACCCGCGUCCUGGUGAAUGAUGGCGGGCGUGGGAAGGGCGGUUGACUGGAUAGCGAGAUGCGAUAGUGCUGAAAAUCUUACUGUAAGGAGGUCGUGGCUGUGUUUAUGAAGUGCUUUCGGAGGCGGAGAUAGUACAGCGGUGCCUAUUGCUCAACAUUUAAGUUAGAUGACAAAAGACAGCAUUGAAUAUAUAGACACGUAACAGUGAAUCUGUUUCAGAGAAAAGCUUCAAAAUGGAAUAUGUCGUAACAAAAGUAUUAGAUACUAUUAGAAGCCCAGUACUAUAUAAAUAUAUUAUUUGAAAAUAGAUAUAAAUUUGAUUUCCCAAAGAUUACAAAUAUUGCCAACGUGUUGCGGAGUUUACAAAAAAAAUACCAAUAAUGUUAUAUAUUCUCCUUUUCAAAAGAAAAGUUCUGAAAAUCACGAAUGAGACUGUAGCAAGUAAAAUUUUUAUACAUUUC